AUGUCGCUCGAAUCGCCUGCCGUGCUGAGCCACUUGAGCUCGUGGCUCACCUGCUUCGAGCUAUGCUCAAUGCGUGCAGUAAACCGUAGCUUCUACACUGGUAUACCACGACACACAUGGGAGCUCACGGCCAGCAACAUCAACAGUUCUAAGUCGAUGGAUCAACUAUCCAGAGUUUUCUCUCACGUGUGGUGUCUGCGAGUGCAGGAUGUAAUUCUACAUGAAACGCCGACGAUGAAGUCGCUUAUGCCGUGGCUGAAAAGAAGCAAGAAGUUGCGAAAGCUGGUGCUGAUCAGAGUGAACUGUAUCAGCGGAUUGUACAUUCACCUCCUGGCUGAAAAGCUCAUUAAUGUCACUAUACGCCAAUGCUACCAGGUGCAAGAACACGCAAUUAUCGCGCCGAAUCUCGAGAUUUUGGCCAUCGAGCACUGCCCCGUGACCAGAUUUCAUGCAGACACGAAGUUGCCGCAACUCAAGAAGCUUUCGCUGUCAUCACGAAGCCUCACCGCGCUUCAGGCACGAUCUCUCAUCAAGAACAUGUUACCAAAGUCUCCUGCGUUAGAAGAUUUGAGUUUUGCUAGCUGUUCGCAGCUGGAGCAGGUAUUGGUGGACCCAGGGGAUCUCCCCGCUCUGCGUCGACUAGACCUCAGCGGAUGUCCGAAGCUUUGCCGUGUGCACGUCACAUCAAAGCUGCUGGAAUACCUCGACCUCUCACGAAACGACAAUCUGCAGUAUGUGUUGCUGGACCUCGAGCGCAUGGUCGACCUGGACUUGUCGUUCCUCAAGAACCUCACGCACUUGUACAUCCGCUCGUCAUCUCUUCGACGACUAAACCUCCGAGGCUGUGACCAACUAAUGCGAAACACUACCAGCGUCACCUGCCCGAACCUGCAGUACGUCGUGUUGCAGGGUACGACGCUAAAGAUCGAUUACUUCAACAGGGAUGAAGUCAUCGACGAAGUGUUCGCUCUGCCAGAAAGCACCGACCUUUUGCCAAUGGAUAUUACAAACAUUCCUGUUCAAUAA